AUGCGUUUCUGUCAGUCCCAGCGACGCGCUUCCGAACAUCCCAAACCACCCUCUGACCUUGAAUAUCCUCUCAUGGAUCUCUCAUCCCUCGAGGGCUCACCUAUGGUUAAUCCAAAAUUCAUUAUUCCGCCAGAUAUGAGCCCCCCUCGUAUUCAUACACAGUUACGUGCUUCGAGUCAACAUUUACCGUCAACACCUCUGCCACCGAGACCUGCUUCAACGGACGCUAUCUCGCCAACACAGCAUUGCAACGGACUACAGGACUGGUCAGUUAACCGCUCCACAGUCGAUGGCAAUAUAACGCGGACUUCUCCCCGUAGACGUACAAGCAAUCCGUCGGACGAACUAUCUCCCAACUGCGAUCCGCAAUAUGAAUACGAGAUGCCCCCACGUAUGCAACACACUCCACAUCCUCCUGUCCGACCACGGAGUUGUGUGCCUCUCACUUGGAUUGAAGCUGAAAAGAAAUGGAUUGUUGGAGAGAUAUAUAUGCCCCGCACACAUGAUUCUCGGCCCCAAGAUGAUACAGCGUUUUGUCGAUCACCAGUAUCACCAAUUUCGCCCAUUUCACCAAUAACACCAUGGCAGAACGUGUUUCAAUGUCUUGACGAGCACAUCGACUAUAAUAAUCGCCUUUGCCGGGAGAAUCUGCUGAGACAGUCCCCGCCCCAUGAUGAACGCAGGUUGGGCCAGACACAUGACACAGCUUUAAGAAAUGACCGGGUUUCCAACUGGGUUGCAACUGCUCGAAGGAUACAUGAGAAUCGGCAGAAAUUGGGCGUGAUUGAUCGUUCUUGA